UGUAAACUAGUGAGAUUCUUACAAUUACAUGUUUAUCCAAACGUGUCCACAGUGAUAACAACCACUUCUUGUGUAGUUACCAGCACAACAAGUUCUAAAUUUACAGUUAGGGUUUCAUCUUCACAGAAUCAACACUUUCCGUUCUCAGUUUUAUGCUCAGCACCAGGUUAUGACGAGUGUUUUAUCAAAUCACCCUCUUGGUAGGUCAUUUGGAGUUUUGGAGAAUUCAUCAAGAGGAAGAUUGUAUAGGAUUCCAUAUCUUGGAUAUUCAGCUCUGUCUUUCCCUUCAGGAGGAUCAGUAUUGGGUCAAGUCUCAUACUUUUCUAUUGAUAAUGGCACCUGUGGGAGGGCUAGGAAUUGUGGACCAGUAUACUCUACCACAUUGGGUGAUAGCGCAGAUCCGGAUGACUCAGAAGACAAGAAUCAAAAAGACGAAUCUUCAACGAACAAACCUGCACGUGGUAAUGAUGAAUUGUUCCGCGAAGGUCUCGAAAGAAUUGUUGGAACAGAUGAUUCUGCCUUUAGCGGAAUAGACCUUGCAACUUUAAUUCGAAACAAGUAUGGCAGAUCCUAUGACGUUCAGCUAAUAAAAAAGGAGUUCAUGGGAAGAAAUCUUCUGGCAUUGAAUGUCAUGUGGAAGUAUGUGGAACAGAGAUCCUUUCCGUUGACCGAAGAAGAAUACAUAUUGAGACUCGAUGAUGUGGCGAACACAUUGAAAUGUUGGGGAGCUGUCUCACAUAUUCGAAAUAGCCUGGCAAAGCUAAAGGAGAGACCUCGGAUGGGAAAGGCAGUAAGUAUUUUCAUCGACAUGGACGAAUCAGGAGGCAGGGCCAACGAAUGGAUCUACAAGUAAAGAACAAAAGGAUCUGAUCAGCCCAAGUUUCAACGUUGAUGUUCUUGGUUCUUGUAUAUCGCAGAUGUAAGAUCCCAUAACAAUCAGCGAAAACUACAUGGUUGCAUGUUCAUACAACUCUUCUAUUAAUGUGCACACUGCACACCAAUGACAUUGUUGCUGUUUAGUUCAAAAAAGAUGCUGCGAAAGAGAAGCAUUUGAUACCUUUUCUAUUUGUCAAGGGCAAAUCACAUGGAACAUAAAAGGCGAGAUUGUUAGGUGUAUAUCUCUUGUAUAGUUUAUAGUUUUUUCUUUUAGCAACCUCUUUCCUCUGUAUGAUCUUCGCAGUUCUUUACUUAAGCUACUGAAUUAUUUCCUUAAUUUUUUUUCUCCUUAUUAACUAGUAAUAAAGAAUGCUUUACA